AUGAACACAAUCGAUGGCGCGGCAAGCUACUUGGGCAUGGAUACCAGACGUAAUCUUACUGAGGAUUUCCGAUCAGCAACAAUGGAAUGGGAAAGCGACCUAACUUGGCAACUUCCGGCACGGGAACUCGAUCAGCUGAAACGAGAUGAGAACUAUUUUCCAAUGCCCACAUCCAAACUGUUCUGCUUUGGUGGAUUCGACGGAAAACCUUUGGUAUCACCUCAAGGACAUCCACAGCGUCGACAAUGCUCCAUCAAAAAAACGACUCCAUUUACGUUUAUUACGUCGCCUAACUCCAGCGCCGGUGAAUCUACUUGGUCCAGUCAGGUCGAACGAUGCUCGACCUCCUCGACGGUUCCGAGCUCUCUAAAGGAUUCCUGUAUUCUCCAGAACAACAAUAGUCUACCUGAAUACGCUCCAGUCUUCGAGGAUUCAGGAUGUCCAGGGUUAUGGAAAUCACAGUCUAUCCUACCUAAUGCCCCCAGUACAGGUUUUGACGGCGGACCUCCAGAGCUGAUAGACCCUGCGCUUGCCGAAACACCCGUCGCAGUCUUCAAAUUUGAGCCCCUUAAUGACCCCGACUCUCUCAACAAGGGUAAAAACAAAGUAACGGUCCCAUCGUCACAGGAAAUUCCCAUCAAAGCUUCCCCAAAUCAAUUGGACAGAAAACCAGUUGCACUCGAUGCAACAAGAGAUAUAUGGGAAGUUGAAGAACUUCUCGCAAAAUGGGGUCCAAAAAGGAAAUCUAGAUACCUUGUUAAAUGGAAGGGGUUCCCAGAUGAAGACAACACGUGGGAACCACAAGCAUAUAUCAGCGAAGAUUUCAUAAAAAGCUUCGAAUCAACAUUCGAGGGAAACCAUGCAGGGGUGCAGCUACUUGAUAAAAGAAAAUUGGGUGGAAACGUUGAGUACUUGGUAGAAUGGAAGGGUCGACCAAAAUGCGAGAGGUCAUGGGAAAAGGCCAAGACGUUGAGGUUUCCAACAAGCCGCAAGACCGAGUCACCAAAGCUGAUGCACGGCGCUUUCCUGAUCCCCGGCGCCAUCAUUUCAACGCCGUGUGGAAGCCCCGAGUAA